UUUUAAUAAAAAUUUUGAAUAUUACAAUUUACAUCAAAUAGCAUGAAUAUGAGAGAGUCAGAUAUGGAGAGUGAAAGCGAGUUUGAUAUAUUCAACAACGACUAUGACUCAGGCAUUGGACAGAAUGUCUCCUCUAGUAAUGAAGAUCCUGCCUCCAUGGAUAAAAUAGAAAACAAAUAAAUCUGCUAAUAACUCAGAGGUGGUAGUAGGCAAAGAUGGUGGUAAUAAUGAACAGCUCAGCAGAUUAUUUAAAAGACCAUCUCUUUCUAUGAAGUUACAGAAGGACACUCACCACAGAGUUUCUAAAAAGCAAGUUCAGAAUUUCAAGAAUAAGAUGCAAAGUUAUUUUGUGCAUAAAUAAGAUUAAUUCAGAUCAACCGAUAGAUCCAAUGGAGGACGAAGAACGAGAACUAACUCAGUUAAAAUAACCAAAGCGAGAAAAAUCAUCUUGAUGUGGGUAAAGGAGGAAAUUCUUCAAUGAAAAAUUCAUUUGGGACGACUAGUGCUCAGGUCAAUUACAACCGAUCUAUAAAUAAGCGGUGCUCUGCUUCUAAUUCAGAGAAGGGGUAUGACUCUAUGCGUAGAAAGAAUGAAAAUAGACCAAUUCUAAAACAAGAGUGUGUAGUAAAUAAUCAAAUUCAAGAACAGAAGAACUCCUUCAGCUUAGAGAAUAAUAAUGAUGUGAUGAAUAAGUCUAAUUUCCUGACUUAUGAUAAAAAGGUUAAAGCUUUUCACAACCUCAACCUAGGAAAUAACUCAGUUCACCUAGAAGAUACAAAACUAGUUGUACAAAAAGAAUCAAGCAAGGAAAAUAAUGAUAAAUGUAAAAAUCAUCGUAUUGCGAAGAAAUCAAGUAAUUCUGUUGUUGUUUCGCCCCAGCCUAGGGUGUCUCAAGAGUCAUUCAACAAGAUGUCUCAUUAUGUAAACAAUACUUUCAGAAAAGCUUCGGGAAGGAAAAAUUCAUACUAUUCAUUCUCAAGUCAAAGAAGAAAGGACAAUUUUUCUAAAACAAUGAAUAAUCCAAGGAGAAAAGAUGGUACAAAAUCUGAAAGACCUUUCUCAGUGAAAAGUAAUUCAAGUAAUAGAGAUGGGGGAUGAGGAGUCCUCUCUUCAGACUCAAUUUCUAUUGCCAGUAUGCGGCCAACAGAUAACAAUCCUGAGUCACUAAGAAACAAAAACAAUCAAUUAAAGUCUGAGCUGCAUAAAUCUAGAAAGAAUAACGGAAUCCUAAGGAGCAAGCUUGCCAAGAAGGAUAGAGAAAUUGAGAACCUAAGGGACAAAAAGUGAACUCUUCUAGAAAAGAUCGAAAUGAUGGAAAAAUCUCAACAAAGGGAUAAAGCCUACAUAGAGUCCCAAGAAAGACACAUAACUGCACUCCAGCACCAACUAGACAACCCUCCUGCUCAAGAUAUAGAAAAAGACGACCUUCAGAGGUCUCUAGAAGACGUUAUCAGCGUUAAAAUGAAGUAUGAGAAUAUUCUAAAGUUAUUAGUGCAGAAUCCAGAGGUGAAACCUAUUAUUGCUAAUUUAUUUAACUAA